AUGAAACUCAUCAUCACCGGAGCAACCGGAAACGCCGGCUCAGGCAUCCUCGCAGCCGCCCUCGCCUCUCCUCAAAUCACUCAAGUGACCCUCCUCUCCCGCCGACCCGUCCCCACUUCCCACCCCAAACUAUCAACCAUCCUCCUUCCCUCUGCCGAGCACCCCUCAGGCUUUGACGCGUGCCCGACCGACCUGGUCGAGAAGCUCAGAGGACAUACUGGUGUGAUUUGGGCACUGGGGAUCAGUCAGACUCAGGUCUCCAAGGAGGAAUAUGUCAAAAUAACGCACGACUACACGAUGAGCUUCGUCAAGGGUCUAUCGACGCUCGGGACCCCUUCUCAGCCUUUCAAAUUCAUCUUUAUCUCGGGCGAAGGGGCAGAUCAGUCCGAAAAAGCCCGAACGCUCUUUGGGAACAUCAAGGGCCGGACGGAGAAGGAGAUCCGGCUGUCGGAGACCGAGGGGUUCAGGACGGUCUCUGUGCGACCCGGCGGCAUCAUCCCUAUAGUUGAGCACCGCCCGGAAAUGAGCUUUCUCAUGAGGACAGGCCUACCUGCGCUGGGGGCGGUAUUCCGAGCAGUCUAUCCAUCGAUGGUCAUCAACUCGGCCGAUCUGGGUACGGCGACGGUGAGGAUGGCGACGAGCGAUUGGGGCUGGGAUUUGAAGACCGAGGAAGGGUGGAUUGGGAAUGGGAGGUUGGUCGCGGCGUUGGCGGCUGCGAAGCACGCCCAGCAGGAUAUAUAG